AUGUCCAGAAAAGUAGCACCAGCUCCGCCAGACUUCACGACACCGCCGGGAACUGUGCGGUUGAUCGGUGAGGAUGGUAUUGCCGAAACGCCUCAAUUGGUGAAGCAGCCGAUGCCGACUGACGACCCCAACGAUCCUCUGAACUGGUCGCGUGCUCGGAAAUCCAUGAACUUUAUCCCCAUUCUCGCAGUCACGGUAAUCAUCUUUACCCAUGAGCUACCAUGCCUUUCGACCAAGCUACGAGCCACUAACCAUGACAGAACUUCCUUACCACUGAUCUUCUGGGUCCUCUGGAACCAAGAGUUCGGAUGGUCGUACGGCCAGCUCAACAACGCUAAUGCCCUGAACUAUGUCGGAACCACUGUGGGCUCGGUGAAGUACGGACGUCGAUCAAUGUAUCUGCUUACGACGGCCAUCAUCUUUGCCAUGGCCAUCUGGUCGGCGCGUAUGAAGACCCUGACAGAACUAUACAUAUCACAGUUGAUCUUUGGACUGGCUAGUGCGACCAAUGAGAGUAUUGUCGAGAUGACGGACCACACUGACUGGCGCCAGAUUGCGGAUUUGUAUUUCGUUCAUCAACGCGGUAGUGCGAAUGGCCUAUACAUGGUCAUGGUUAUGAUUGGUAGCUUUCUGAGCCCCGUGAUUGCAGGCUAUAUGGCCGCGAAUGGAAACUGGCGGCUCUGCUACUGGAUCACCACGGCGGUUGACGGUGCUCUACUACUAUACUUCUGUUUCUUCUUCGAGGAAAGCAAGUAUAUACCGCAUCUCGAGGCUCAACAACUGUCCUCCGAGGUUCCAACUCCUAUUGCGGUGACGAAGAAGGACAACAUCUCGGAAACACAGACAGGCGAAAUGAGCACGUGUGUCACCUUGGAACCAUCGAAUGCCCCGUUACAUCGAAUCAACUCUGAUAUCCCGCUUCUCACGUGGCGUCAACGCAUGCGCCUUGUCACAAAAACUGACGAAAGCCUACUUGGCAUUGUCCGGACCGCUGUGGUUAUCUUAUUCCGCUUCCCAGCUGUCAUGUACACGGCCCUCACAUAUGCCUUUUGCCUCUGUUGGAUUUCCGCUCAAGCGUCGAUUAUUUCCAUCGUUUUCACGCAGCCACCUUACAACUUCGGUACCGUUGGGGUAGGAAACAUGAGUUUGGGAGUGUUUAUCGGCUGCAUCUUGGGCUCGGCCUACGGUGCGAUUUCUGAUCGAGCUAUUCUUUGGUUCACAAGAAAGAACUACGGAUAUUACGAACCGGAAAUGCGACUCCAACUGAACCACUUCCCAGCAGUCUGUAUGAGUGGUGGUUUUGUGAUGUUCGGUAUUACUGCAGCAAAGGGCAUGCAUUGGAUAUAUCCAAGUAUUGGUAGCGCCAUCUUUGGCUUUGGUCUUGGUGGUCUGAGCGACGUUGCGCUUUGCGUGACUAUCGAUAGCUACCAAGCGAUUACUGGAGAAGCAUUCAUCGGCGUCGCUUUUAUGCGUAAUGCUUUCAGCAUCGCCAUUUCGUUUGCGCUUGUUCCAUGGCUUGAUGCUCAAGGGCUGCAGAAUAUGACAAUUGUCAUGGGCUUAUGGGCACUGGCUAUGGCGUUUCUUCAUGUUCCAAUGAUGAUCUGGGGCAAAAGGAUCCGGGAGAAGACAGAGACAAGUUACAAGAGAAUGGCGACAGGGACUAGAGUGUAA